AUGGAGGAUCUGGGCACCCUGGUGGCCCAGGACCUCUCCACUGUCGCAAUCCUACGUGCCCAAAGCCAGACCCCAGGGAGGAAAACUCGUCUGUCCCCUCAGCUCAACUGGGCUCCCGACUCUUGGCUGUGUGGAGAAGCCAGACAUCUUGUACAGCUGCGACUCAGUGUGGCUGAUUUGGGCUGGAAUUCAAGGCCCUGCCCCAUGGCACUGGGUGCCCAGUCACUGCAGGAAUCCCAGUCUGGAGGCCUUCAAGGACCACAGAAACCUAGUGGUGAGCUUCUGGCACCCACGGAAAGUGGGAGUGAUGAGCACAUACAGGCUUGCACCAAGCCCGCUUUGAGAUUUGCUCAUGCCACAUCAAAGAGAGCUUCAACAGAGCCCUCGACCCAGUGUGAACGCGGCAUCUGGGGAGCCAGGCAGGCCGGCCAGAUGAUCAGGGGGAGCUGUCACCCAGACCUGACCCUCCUUUGGACUGUUUGGGUCCUUGCAGCUGCCACUGAGGGUCCCUUUGAGCCAGGGGCUCUUAAGUCUCCGCUGAGAAACUCCAGCCUGGGAUGGAUCCGAGGCAAGCAGGUCACUGUGCUGGGCUCUACCACAUUAGCCAACGUGUUCCUUGGAGUCCCCUUCGCCGCACCCCCAGUGGGUCUCCAACGAUUUGCAAAACCCAGACCUGCGUUGGCCUGGAAGGAUGUGCGAGACGCUAGGACCUACCCUAAGCUGUGCUACCAGAACUCAGAAUGGCUUGUCUCAGAUGAGAAAAUAGUCAAGAUGCGUUACCCCAAAUUGGAGGUGUCUGAGGAUUGCUUGUACCUCAACAUCUACACACCCGCACAUGCUGACUCUGGCACCAAGUUCCCAGUCAUGGUGUGGAUUCCAGGCGGCUCUUUUGAGACAGGCUCGGCCUCCAUCUUUGAUGGCUCUGCCCUAGCUGUCUAUGAAGAUGUGCUGGUGGUGACAAUUCAGUAUCGUCUGGGCAUAUUUGGCUUUUUCAACACAGGGGACCAGCAUGCUCCGGGGAACUGGGCCUUCCUAGACCAACUGGCCGCCCUCACCUGGGUCCAGGAGAACAUUCACUUCUUUGGUGGUGACCCCCACUCCGUGACCCUCUUUGGCGAGUCUGCAGGAGCCAUAAGUGUUUCCAGCCUGAUCUUGUCCCCAUUGUCCAAGGGCUUAUUCCACAAAGCCAUCAUGGAGAGUGGGGUGGCCAUCAUCCCUUACCUAAGGGCCUCUGCCAAGGAAAGGAACAAUGAUUUGGCAGCAAUUGCGGGAAUCUGUGAUUGCAAGGCAUCCGACUCCGUGGCUCUGCUUCAGUGCCUGAGGACAAAAUCUUCCCAGGAGUUGCUAAACAUCAGCAAGGAAAGCAAGUCUUUUGUUCGCGUGAUUGAUGGUUUCUUCAUUACUGAUGAGCCUCUAGACCUAUUGACUCAGAGCACAUUUCAUCCAGUUCCUUCCAUCAUUGGAGUUAAUAACCACGAAUGUGGCUACCUCCUGCCCUUGAAAGAGUUUCCUGAAGUCUUCCAGGGCAUCAACAAGUCCUAUGCUUUGAUGCUGGUGCACAAAACUUUGCGCACCUCCACCCAGUAUUCACAGCUUGUGGCUGAAGAAUACUUCCCCGGCAAGCGAUCUGAGUUAGAAGUACGAGAUGCUCUUCUGGACUCGCUCGGAGAUGCCUUCUUUGUGGUUCCUGGACUGGUCACAGCUCAAUAUCAUAGAGAUUCAGGCUCUCCAGUCUACUUCUAUGAAUUCCAACACCGUCCCCACUGCUUUGAGUCCUCGAAGCCUGCGUUCGUGAAAGCUGAUCACACAGACGAAAUCCGCUUUGUCUUCGGAGGGGCCUUCCUGCAGAGUGACAUAGUCAUGUUCGAGGGAGCCACGGAGGAGGAGAAAAUGCUCAGCAGGAAGAUGAUGGGAUACUGGGCCAACUUUGCCCGAACUGGGGAUCCUAACGGAAAGGGCCUGCCUCAGUGGCCCGCCUUCACAAGCAGCAAAGAGUAUCUCCAGCUGAAUCUGAACAUCAGCGUGGGCCAGAGGCUGAAAGAGCAGCGCAUGGCUUUCUGGACCAGUAUCUUCCCCGUGAUCCUGUCUAUGGGAGCUUGUCCAGCAGAGGGCAGCAUUAUCACAGAAGAAAAGGCUUCCCUCAGGCUUUUUGGAGUGCUGGUGAUGGAUUCCUCGAUGUUGGAGGAAGAAAAUCAGGCUCCAAACCAGUAUCAGAUUAUGAAUGUUUCUUUUCCCUGA